AAUGAUUUGAUUCAGUCUCAUAAAAAUCAACUCAUUUCUAAAAAUCAGUGACCGGCAACGACUGAGAUGACUAAGCGAGUGGCGACCGACUGAGAGGAGCACAUGAGACUAUGCGACGACAACUGAAAGGACGAAUGGUUGACGGACGAUAAGGAGAGAUGAAAUCUGACCAACGGAGCCCAAGAGACGAAUCGAGAGGACGAACGGCCGACCUACUAUGAUUAGAGACAAUAUCUGACUGAGAAUCGAGCAGAUGCUGUUGUUGGAAACGAUCUUAAAGAAUUGUGGGGACAUUGUCCAUAUGCAUGUGGCAGAGAGAGAUGUUCUUCAUGAGAUGGUUAAAAUAGUAAAGAAAAAGGUGAGAAUGUUUCUUGAGUAGUUUUUGCUGUCUUUCUGUGGUUUACUUAUUUCCUUUUGCCAAAGCUUGUUCAUAGUUCUCAUGAUUCUGUAUUGUAGCCUGACUUUCAUGUUAAAGGGGAAGAUACUGAUUCUAACAGAUACUUGGCAAGAAGCUUUUGGAGGACCAAGGGCAAGAUAUCCACAAUAUUUUGCAGCAUACCAGGAGUUGUUGAAUUUGACUAGCUUGACAGAAAUUCAGAAUGCAUAUGGCAUUAUGGAUGUCCUUUCCAAAAUGCUGAAUGCAUUAGAUCCAAGCAACAAAGAGGGGCUUAAGCAGGAGGUGAUUGUUGACUUGGUGGAAUAGUGUUAGAGCGAAAGUGUACAUACGGAGGAAGACAGAAAAAGAAAAAAGAGAAAGUCCACUUGGCAGCACUAAUCCACCUAGCAGUAACAAUCCGUAUGACAACAAUGCAUGAGACAUGAAUGCUACUCAAUUAAUUAAGGAAACUGUAGCAAAUUGUGGAACAAAUGUGAACUCACCAACUAAGGAAACCAUUACAGACCAAGAUCGACAGGAAGCAAAAAAGAUAAACAGGCAGCAGACAUUGGGAACCAUCAAGUCAAGGGACGCUGAUGUGGCGCCAGAAGAAUGGAGGAACAAUGAGAAAAGAGGGAAAAAAAAAAUUACAAAAGCCUGGAGAACGGAGGGAGAGGCAGAGAACAUUGAAGAAGAAGAAGUAGAGUGAGGGAGAGACCAGCCUCUCGAAUGCUGGAUUAGUCGGAUAUAUUUUGGCUUGCUACUCUUUUGUUACUGGCUUGUUAAUCCUUGUAUUUUGGUUAUUAAUCAGUUCAGUGUAUGAAACAAGAGUGAUUGGAGAUUGAACUUGGUAUUCAUUUUCCAGUAUAAUAUACAAUACACACUACAGUUAUUACA